GUGGACACUUUUUUGUCAGUGAAUUGUAUGGAGUUCCACUGCUGUGCUCUCACGUUGUUUGAGUUCAGCAUGGUGCUGUUGUUUACUAUAACCCCUUUAAAAAUUGUUAAUUUUUAGUAUAUUUUACACUUAUUUAGUUCGUUUCAAAGCUAUAAACUAUCUUCCGCGGACAAAUCUCAUCUCUUAUUAUAAGCAUGAGUGGAGUUAUGUCUAUUUUUGAUACACCGCGGGCUCCAACGGAACAUUUGCAGGUGGACAAUAACCAGACCAAGAAAAAGAAGCCCUUGUCGAACAAAAAGAAAAUGAUUGAUCAAUUGCUUCAGGAACAAUUGAAGGAAUUUAGCAAAGAGGAACAAAAUCUGCUAGAAGAACCAUCAAUGAAGAAACGCAAGAAGGGAGCCCAGAAAGAUACUUCUGCAUCGGAGAACAAAAAAAUAACUAAGAACGGCAAAAAUGCAAGUCUGAACGGAAGCAAGAAAAAACAAAACGUCGGUUUGAAAAUUGUACUCAAAAACACGAUGAAGCAUAAGCAAAAAUUGCGCAAAAGUUUAGAUGCCGUCAAUCAUUCCAAGCGAGGACGGGAGGAAACGUUUUCAGAUGAAUUACUCGAAGCUUCGUUUAAUGGGUCCACUUUGAAAGAUGGUUCCAAUCAUUCAACUCCUGUGCUUAAGAAAACUAAAUCUAAGGAGAAAAAAGGAACGAAAAACAAAAGUCGGAUAAUUCCGUUGCCAAUGGAUUUCACACCUUCGAAAAUUGUUGUAAAGAAGGAACCUAUUACACCCAAAAACGUUGAAAGACCUGUGAAGGAGCAGCUGGGCGACAGUUUGGAUGUGGGUCGCGAAAAAUUGGCUUGGGUCAUCCAUCCAAUAACCGUAGAGGACUUCAUGAAUAAUUACUGGGAGAAGAAACCUUUGCUGAUUCAACGCAACAACUCGACCUAUUACAAAAAUUUACUGUCGCGUGGUAAAAUCGAUGAAAUGCUCCGGAGACACAACAUUGAAUACACGAAAAACAUUGAUGUCACUUCAUACAAGGAAGGUAAACGGGAAACACACAACCCAGAUGGAAGAGUCCUGCCGCCAGAUAUGUGGCAAUUUUACGAAGAAGGAUGCAGCAUUCGUAUGUUGAAUCCCCAAACCUACCUUAAUGGGGUGUAUGAAAUGAAUGUAAAACUACAAGAAUUUUUCCACUGCAUGACCGGUGCCAAUUUUUACCUGACUCCCCCUAAUAGUCAAGGUUUCGCUCCGCACUAUGAUGAUAUCGAAGCAUUUGUCCUCCAAGUAGAGGGGCGCAAACACUGGAAACUGUACAGUCCACGUGACGCUUCCGAAGUUCUAGCUCGUGUAUCGUCCCCAAAUUUCAACCAGGAGGAAAUCGGUCUGCCAAUACUUGAAGUGACCCUGGAACCGGGCGAUUUGCUCUACUUUCCCCGAGGGAUAAUUCAUCAGGCAUGCACUGUCUCUGGCCACCAUUCGCUGCAUGUAACAAUGAGUGUUUAUCAGAAGAACAGUUGGGCUGAUUUGAUGGAAAUUUUCCUACCGCAUGCCCUUGCUCAAGCGGCCGAAUCUUAUUUGGAACUCCGUCAGGGCAUCCCUCGAGAUUUACACGACCAUUUUGGAAUUGUUCAUUCCGACAACGAGACGACAGCUCGGGCGGAUCUCGUCAGAAAAGUAAAAUCCCUGGUUGAUAAGGUUUUCAGUGUGGAUGCCAUCGAUUUUGCCGUUGAUCAGCUAGGGAAACGUUUUCAGCACGAUGCCUUACCACCCCAAAUAGCCGAUAGUGAGCUUCCAGGCACCGUUUACGGCGCAAAUUUUGCACAUAAUGCAGAUGGCACAGUUACACUUCGAACACCGUUCACACUGAAUACGACAGUGCGACUGCUCCGUCGGAAUAUUCUCCGUCUGGUGAACGAGGACAGCAAACUGCACGUGUACUACCAUACGGACAACUCGCGUGAAUACCACGAGUUCGAGCCAAAUUUCCUGGAAGUGGACAACGAUGCGGCUCUCGGGGUAGAGUUGCUCAUAAAAAUGUAUCCGAAGCCGGUGCCAAUUGCGGAUCUCCCGCUUGAGGAUAAGGUGGAAUUCGCUAAGAGUUUAUGGGAGAAGGGACUUAUAUUGGUGAAUGGAAAGUAAUCUUGAAAUGCAUUUGAGUUAAUAGUUUUUUAUGUGUCAUUGUGUUGAAAAAUAAAGUAUUUUCUAAAAUUAUAAA